UUGCAAAAAUUAUUUUUAUGUUUAAGAAAAAAUCAAUUUUUUCUAAGUUGGUUUAAGAAAAAAAGGUAAAAUAUACUUUUUUUUUCGUCCCAAAUUAAAUUACUUUUUUACUAUUUACAUGAUCAAACUUCAUUUAUUUAUUUUUAUUUUUUUGAUAGUCAUUUAAUAAAAUAAAUUAAUAAUGGAGUAUUAAUUUUUAUUUUUAAGUUCUGCCUUAAAGGCUGAAGAUUCUCACUUGCAGAAGACGAAAACUCUCUCUCUCUCUCUCUCUCUCUGGAUCAGAUCGCCAUGACGAAGCAGCAAGCAAACUGGUCCCCUUACGACAACAAUGGAGGAACAUGCGUCGCCGUCGCCGGCGCGGAUUACUGCGUGAUUGCGGCGGAUACUCGGAUGUCUACCGGCUAUAACAUCCUCACACGGGAUUACUCCAAAAUCAUUAAACUAGCAGAUAAGUGUGUGAUGGCCUCCUCAGGGUUUCAGGCUGAUGUGCGAGCUUUGCAAAAGGUUUUGGAAGCCAGGCAUCUGAUUUAUCAACACCAGCACAACAAGCAGAUGAGCUGCCCUGCGAUGGCUCAGUUACUUUCAAACACAUUAUACUACAAACGUUUUUUCCCUUACUACUCUUUCAAUGUCAUCGGUGGCCUUGAUAAUGAAGGCAAAGGAUGUGUUUUCACAUAUGAUGCUGUUGGAUCGUAUGAGAGGGUUGGUUACAGCUCUCAAGGAUCUGGCUCUACGUUGAUCACACCUUUCUUGGAUAACCAGCUGAAGUCCCCUAGUCCACUGUUAUUGCCUGCCCAGGAUGCUGUUACUCCUCUUUCUGAGAACGAAGCAAUUCAUUUAGUGAAGACAUGUUUUGCAUCAGCAACUGAGAGGGAUAUAUACACUGGUGACCGGUUGGAGAUAGUCAUAUUGAACUCCCAAGGGAUUCGCCGUGAGGAAAUGGAGCUUAGGAAGGAUUGAGAUUCGAUCUAUGAUCUCAUCCAUUGGCUUGCGCCCGCUGUUUUACUAGUUCUUUUGUGUUGUGUUUCGCAUGCCUAGAUUCUCACAGAAUCCUGCAAUGGCGGAUUAUGUAUUUUCCGUUUUAAUAUAUAUUUGAACUGCAUUUGUUUUACAACCUUUAAAACAACAGCAAUAGACUAUGGAAUGUUUUGGGUUGAUCAAUCACCAUUUCUUCUAGGUUGCCUAUGUUGUACCCUUUUGUGACUUUGUCCACAAUGCUUAUUUUGUUUGUGGAAAUCUUAGACCAAUAU